CAGAUUUCAUUCACUGUGUGGCUGCCGCGCCGAGAACAACAGGCUACCUCCCUCAGUCCUGUGAUGCUGCACAGCUAUGGGACAAAGGAAACCUAAAAAUCUUUGAAGGAAGGUUGUCCUCUAACAAUGAGCCAUAAAAUCAACAUCAACAUGCGACUCUAAACACGAAACUCAUAGUAAAUAAUCGCCUUGUUGGUUACUGGUAACAUAUACACUUUAAUUAAAAAAAAAAUACCAACAAAAAACAAAAAAGGGGAUUAUUAUUAUUUUGUAUUCAGUGAGAACAUCAAUAUCACAGUUGUUUAGAGGCUUCUGAGAUAAACAGGCGCCUAAUGUUUUUCUUUGUCAAGGUCUUGCUUUAGAGCUGCCCUGCUAGAAUAAGAAAUGUGGAAUAAAACAUGCACAUAACCAGAGGGGUUCAGCCUGCCCCAGUCCUACUGGCAAGGCAGUCUUUUCUUCAUCACCUGGCCCUGCAGCAGCUCCACGAGUCCAUGUGCACCAUUUACUGACGGACUUGUCAGCACAACAAGGAGCUGCCUGAAGCUAAAACUCCAUCUGCGCCAUGACUUCAUCAGACAAUGACGAAACGGGGAGUGAUCUGUCGGAGUCUCUGGAGAUCUGUGAGCUCCAGGAUCAAUACAUGGAUGCAGGAAACUGCUUCAAGUCCAAAAGUUUACCCAUCCUGAAUGGACCCUGUCAGCAAGAUGGCAAAAUAGCCAAACCUCGGCUGCUUGACACAACCCACACCUGCAUAGCUGUAGGGGAAAGCAGGGAGCUUCAGCUAAAAACUCCAGAAUCCAGCUUGGGAGAGUCCCCCUCUUCCAGGACAGACUUCUCUCCUUCUGUCUCCAGCAUGGUGGGGCUCAGCAGCUCUCUGCCAGUGGAGGGCCACAGGCCUCCAGGCUCUAGAGGCAAAAAACUUGGUUUCUCCCUCACCCGCUUCAUCCACAUCCCAGCAAGGAAGUAUGUGCGAGUCAUCCUGAGUGACUCCCGCUGCUUCUUGUUCUGCAUGUGCUACCUGACCUUCAUUCAAUCCCUGAUGGUUUCGGGCUACCUGAGCAGUGUCAUCACCACCAUUGAGAAGCGUUACAGCCUGCGCAGCUCUGAGUCUGGGCUGCUGGUCAGCUGCUUUGACAUUGGCAGCUUGCUUGUGGUCGUCUUCAUCUCCUACUUCGGUGGCAGGGGUCAGAGGCCACGUUGGUUGGCUGUGGGUGGUGUAGUCAUCGCUAUAGGAGCAGCCUUGUUUUCCCUACCGCACUUCAUCUCGCCACCCUACCAGAUACAAGAGAUUAACUCCUCAGUUGGCCACGAAGGCCUCUGUCAGAGCGGCAACAGCAGCGGACGUGAACUGCUCAAUGUGGCAUCCUGUCCUCGCGAUCAGGAGGGCAAUGAGCACAACUUGUACGUGGCUCUGUUCAUCUGCGCCCAGAUACUUGUGGGCAUGGGGUCAACGCCGAUCUACACCCUUGGACCCACUUACUUAGAUGACAACGUGAAGAAAGAAAAUGCAUCUCUCUAUCUGGCCAUCAUGUAUGUAAUGGGAGCCCUGGGACCUGCAGCUGGUUACCUUCUGGGAGGCGUCCUUAUUGGCUUCUACGUUGACCCCAAAACUGUUGUGAGCAUCGACCAGAAUGACCCUCGCUUCGUUGGCAACUGGUGGAGUGGCUUUCUCCUGUGUGCCAUAGCCAUGCUUCUGGUGAUCUUCCCCAUGUUUGCCUUUCCAAAAAAGCUGCCUCCACGCCAUAAGAAGAGGAAGAAGAAAAAGAUAGGCUCACCAGGUGACAUGUCUAGUGAUGAUGACAUGAUGAAAGAAAAGUCCAGCAGCAAAGGCCAAAAUGUGUCCUCCUCCAUGGGCUUUGGAAAGGAUAUCAAAGACCUCCCCAAGGCAGCGCUAAGGAUCCUCAGCAACAUGACCUUCCUGUUUGUCAGCCUCUCCUACACAGCUGAGUGUGCUAUUGUCACAGCAUUCAUCACAUUCAUCCCCAAGUUUAUUGAAUCACAGUUUGGCAUCCCAGCCUCUAAGGCCAGCAUAUACACAGGUUUGAUCAUCGUGCCCAGUGCCGGAGUGGGGAUCGUUUUAGGGGGUUACAUCAUUAAGAAGCUGAAGCUCGGUGCGAGAGAGUCGGCCAAGCUGGCCAUGAUCUGCAGCGGUGUGUCUCUGCUCUGCUUCUCUACCCUCUUCAUAGUGGGCUGCGAGAGUAUCAAUUUAGGAGGCAUCAACAUACCCUACACCACAGGUCCAACCCUGACCAUGACCCACAGGAACCUUACAGGCAGCUGCAAUGUGAACUGUGGCUGCAGGAUCCAUGAGUACGCGCCAGUCUGCGGCUCUGACGGCAUCACCUACUUCAACCCCUGCCUGGCUGGAUGCAGCACUGUGGGCAAUGACAGCACCGGGAUCAGAAACUACACUGACUGCGGCUGCGUGCAGAGCAGACAGGUCAUCACUCCAUCCUCCGGUGGCCAGGUUAACCAGCUCCAGCUGGUCAUCGUCAAAACAUACCUGAAUGAAAAUGGCUAUGCCAUGUCGGGGAAGUGCGACCGCACCUGCAACACACUCAUCCCUUUCCUCAUCUUCCUCUUCAUUGUCACACUCAUCACCGCGUGUGCCCAGCCGUCUGCCAUCAUCGUCACACUCAGGUCUGUUGAUGAACAAGAGAGGCCUUUUGCUCUUGGGAUGCAGUUCGUUUUGCUCCGAACACUUGCCUACAUACCCACGCCCAUCUACUUCGGUGCUGUCAUUGACACCACCUGCAUGCUCUGGCAGCAGGACUGCGGCGUGCACGGCUCCUGCUGGGAGUACGACGUUACCUCUUUCCGCUUUGUCUACUUCGGACUGGCCGCCAGCCUGAAGUUUGUCGGCUUUGUCUUCAUCUUCCUCACCUGGUAUUCAAUCAAGCACAAGGAGGCGCGGGCCGAGCGCUGGCGCCAGCACCUGCCUCCGCUGGGCACUGUUAGCGAGCUCAUCUGUCACGUCGGGGGCCAGAAAAGCCACGCCCGCACCCGCUCCUGCCCCGUGUUCAUCCCUCCCCGACCGGAGCCGCCUGCUGCCCUGCUGCUCAACCGAGGCCACAGUAGCCUCAGUUGCCCAGGCAAUGCUCUCAAAGCAAUAACUCCACCCGUCUUGUUGCCACAUCAUCACAGAGGCUCCGCCCAUGUCUGAAAUCUUGCCAGCCUCCCUCUGGGGUUCAUUGUGACAUGUGCCUUCCUGUUUGUGUUUAUGCACAACAGUGUCUACUUUUACACCAAUCAGAUGCCAGACUGGCAGGCAGAGGCACAAGAUGCCCACCAUAACUAAAGGGCUGCUCAUUGUUCAUGGAAACAGGUGGAAAGACAUUUUUCUCAGCUCAUAUCAUCAGCUGCAGCCAUUUCAUCACAGUUUGGACGACGUAUGAACAUCACAUGGUGCUACUGUUAAUGGGCGUGGCAUUAUAGACUCUGUACAGACAGAUGAGUCAUCAACAUGUCAUCUAAAGCACAAAAGACAAACCUGACCUAUGCAAAAUCAGUGUACAGCUCAUUCCCUCUCAGUACUGUACAGCUCCCUCUGUAUUCCACAUGUACCUCCUUCUUCUCUGCGCAAUAUACACACAUCUAGUUGUUGUUGGCCUGUUCAUGCUUUCAUUUUUUUGCGACAGUUUGAGCUGUUGUCUUGUCUGGUUCACACAAGUUGUCCACAUCCUAUCACCUCAUUUUCUUUCCUUUUUCUUUUCCUUAACAGUGCCUCUUAGGCUGUUUUGGCCAGUCCAGAAUACAAAGCUAGCCAUCAGGGUUCAAGCUAGUUAAUGACAAGCCAGUCUCUUCGCUUCACUUCGCUUUGCAGACCCUUAGCUUUUGUGAUUAGAAACAUCUGUCACAGUUGCAAACUUUUUUUUUUAGCCUGCGCUUGGUAACAUCAGGCUAAAAAUAAAUAAGCACCAAUGGUACAAUGUCAGUGAAAGCUACCAUUUUAUAUUGUGAUCUUAUUUAAAUGUUAAGUGGCAAAUGGGGAAAAAGGAAAUGAGAAUCAUUUAUGUGCUGAAGCUACUGUAGGACCUAAACAUGUGACAGGUUUGAAAAUGUGGCACAACUGUGGUUUUUCUUUCACCCUUUUUCAAAACCAGAUGAAGAAAUAUCUCAUUUUGGCUUUGUAUUGCAAUGGCUCCUCCAUUCUAAGAGGUCAUCAAAUGUACAUAGUAGUUAUUUAGAUGUCUAGACUUAAAAGAUUUAGUGCCGCAAGCAUGGCCCCGUUUAUCAGCUAGAAGAAUCUGAUGCUUUUUCAGUUCUUGGGCCCUCUAGUGGACAGAGAGAAGAUUGCGUGAAGGCCAAUGAAUGUUACUGUUGGUCAGACUCACUGUACUAUAAAAGUCUUGGUUAGAAAUUAAAUGCUGCUCUGUAUUUCGACAGUUUUCAAAAAAUUAUACUUCAGGGGAUUCAAAUAAAAAAAUCAGAUCUGCUCUCUUGGAUUUUUAAAAUAUUCUCUAGUUUGAUGUUAAAGCUUAAACUAUUGCAUGAGCCUGAACUGUAAGAUGCCAGAGUAAAUUUGCUUCUAUGCUGGGCUCAUGGUACAAGUAUCAUAUGAUUUUACUUUGAACCUAAGGGGAAAUUACUGUAAAGAAGUGGAAAACAUGACAACAAGGCCUUUUUGUGUUCUGGUAUUAGACAUAUCAAAAUAAAUACAAAAAGUAACGUCAGACACGUUUUGAAAACCAAAUUUUAAGAUUUUUUUUUUACCUUAUGCGGGUCAGCAAAAGCCCCCUGAUAAAACUAUAGUAUUUUGAUAAUUAUGAAUUUUAGUUAAUAAAUGUUGCACUUAACGAGGAAUCUAAUGCAGUGAAUGAAGUAAAAAGUUAAGUUUUGUGUAAGAAUCUUGGUAAUCUCCCAGGUGAAGAUUAUCAUGUUGUAAUGGCUAAUUUUAGUAUUGUGACUUAGAACAUCAAAGUACAUAUUCAUAAAUGGCCGUGUAAAUACGAAAAAGCAAAUUAUGCAUAUUACAGAGUUUGCACAUAGAAGUGUAUUUAUGAACUUACAUAACAGCUACACGUUGGAUUUAUCUUGCGGGGUCUGAACAGUAUUAUUCACAUGGGAAGGGUCGAGAUCAUCUCACGUCAUUGCGGGAGGGAGUCAAGAGGUUUUCAUCUGGGUUACACUGGUAAAUUAUUAAAAAUGUUUAAGUCAUGGCACUCAGAAGGCCGCUAUCUCUGUCUGUACUGAUUCUCUACCCUUCCUCCAUUGCUCUGAAGGAUUAUAAAGGCAAAUUUGAACUUCAUGUCAGUUCAGGACAUAACCCAAGCUAUAUUCUGGAAGUUGAGCUCUUUUUGCUUUGUGUUCCGCAGGAGCCGAAGUGGAAUUGAAGUUUGUGAACAUUUGCUUUACAAACACCUUGAAUACUUGAUAUUUGUCAUUAAAAACUUUAAAAUGAAAAAAAAGAAAAUGGUGGAGUCAUAAAGUGUUUAUACAGACAAGUGGUGGGGCAAAGUUUGAUGUUGACUGAGUUUAUUUAACAGCAUCAUGGCUUUUUUCUGAAACCAGAGUUCUUCUACACACCAUCAAGAAAGAAAAAAGGAUUGAGUGACUUUUUUUUCUGUGACCAAUUUAAAAUAGAACUGCAAUACUGACAAACUGUGCGACCACUUCCUGUUACAUUUGAAAUAACUCUUCAGUGAUUAUCAAAGCACAACAUCAUGCACAGCAUUAUCAGUUGGUAAUAUUUUGAAAAAAAAAAAGUUACACACUGAACAUUUUCCAACUCCCAGGUAAUUUUGAGGAAAUAAGGAAAUUUAA